AUUUUUAAAAAAUACGAGUGAUUUAUGUAAAUGACAUUGACGUUACUUAUAGGUGUAUAUGAUAUUAUCCAAAUAUAGAGGUAGUUUGUGGAAAUAGAAUGUAAAUCAGGGGUGAAAACGUAAUUAUCGAAGAAAUAAAUUUGUGGGAGAAGCUUAUUACAUACUCUGCAGAAGAAGUGGUCCCUGGCGAGACGUGGAGCAAUGGCCUUCCCAUAUUAUCUCCGCAGCUCAAACGCCAUAGACUACUCUUCUCCCGUCUACGUUCUUGAUUAAAUUCCAACUCCCACAAGUUGUAAUGACAAACAAUACAGAGGUCCUGAUCAAUGGCGGCGGCGGCACUUGCAGUUGGGCUGAGAACAGCGUUCAUGGUGUUGGGAUGUCUGAUCACAGCCACUGUUAUUUACACCAUUGCCACCGAUGGACUCCCUUUUCGCAAAGAACUCCUCACCCCGUGGAUGGCAGCGACCCUGGUUGAUUUUUAUAUCAAUAUUCUAGCAAUAGGGGCAUGGAUUAUCUACAAGGAACCAAACUGGAUUCGUUCCCUGAUUUGGAUAAUUUUACUUAUAUGUUUAGGAAGCAUUACCACAUGUGGGUACAUUGUUGUCCAGUUUCUAAAGUUGUCUCCUCAAGAAUCGCAACAAGAUCCUAUUUACUUUGUCUUGCUAAGAAAUAGGAAAAAGGAUGGAACUGAAUCAAAGAGAUUUCUAUCUAUUGCAAGUGCAAGGAUUCUUUUCACUGCUUUGGGUUGUCUUAUGCUGGGGACGUUGAUUUACACUAUUGCCACUGAUGGAUCUCCAUUCCGCCGGGACGUUUUGACUCCGUGGCUGUCAGCAACACUGGUUGAUUUCUAUGUCAAUGUUUUCGCUCUAUCGGUUUGGGUGGCGCACAAAGAAUCAAAUUGGAAAACUGCAGCACUUUGGAUCAUUCUGUUGAUCUGCUUCGGAAGUAUCACUACUUGCGCUUAUAUCGUUCUACAACUUUUCCAUCUCUCGUCUGGAGAUCCCGUCUUCCUUGUUCUUUUCAGCAGCAACAGCAGGUCAGGAAAUGGCUAUGAAGGAACUUUACAGACACAAAAAUGUACAGCUGGUUAGGUAAAAUUGAACCUUCUUCAUGAAAUUUGGUUCAGGAUUGAACACACAGACUCAGAUAGAUCUGAUGCCUAUUCUUCAAGGCUGUUGGCUAUUCUCUGUAUAAACUUUCAUUUGUAAUUUUUAUGGUAUGGAAAAGCAAAUUUGUUAUGUGUAUAGACUACUAUGCUAUGUUGCAAGCUAAAUUACGGCAAGUUUUCCUAAGAUUU